UGUUUUAAUUUAUUUUCUUGGUCCAAGCGUUAUUUGGUGCAUUUAUUAUGUUCAGUAUUGCUGGUGUCAGUAAAACAUUGUUAGUAUAAAUCUAUGUUUUGGGGUAAGAAUUGUAAGAUACAUGGAUUUAAAGUAAGGAUUUAUUUUAUAAGAUCUUUUUCCUUUUGGAUUUCUCUAUCUUAAUUGCAUGAGGUAAAUCUUUGCUGUCUUCCUCUUAAUUUAUUCUACGAUAUUUUUUUCAAAUUUCUGGAUAAAUUUAGUUUUUACCUUUUAAAGUAAGUGUUAUAAAGAAAUCUUGAGUGAUUGGUUACAGCUGUGAUCGUGUAUUUCAGAAUAAUAGAAUAAUUCGUGACUGUUCAGUUCAGAACAACAAACAGAACUUUAUUAUUGAGAUUCCUAAAUCUCUCGAAUGUUAUAUUCGCUGUAUUUUCAAGUGAUUGCUAUUUUCCGUUGCAGUGUAAUGAUUUUGUAUUUUUAGAUCAUUUAAGUGUGUAGUCAUCGACUAUAUGUGUAACAAAUUCUUAACAAAAGCUACUAAAACUAUUCUUUGGGACAUUUCGUACGUUUUCAGUUUCAUUACUUCGGAACGUUUAAUUGUAGAAUUUAGGCAUUUCAGACAUGGUUUACGCCAAAUUCACUACAGCGGCAGAACAAUUUCGUUGACGAAUUUUGUCGAUUAGAAGAUAUUAAUAUUUUUUUUGUUCAACUGUUAGUGUUAUGUUGUGUUUUGUCUCUUUAAAGCAGCAUUUUGUUACAUUUCAAUUAUUUAUUUCUCAUUAUAAUUUAAAUCGAGUUCGGUUUUCAAGUUCAUUUCUUCGACAGGACCAAAAAGCGAAUAUUUCUCUGUAAACCACCCGCUUUUUAUCUUCGUGUAUUGCAAUUUGUGAAGGUACGAAAGAUUUCGAGACACAAAAAUGGUUCUAAUAACCAAUUUGUCAGAAAAAACUCACCUUUUACCACCGAAAAUCGCACAAGACUCUCUGAACAACAACAUAUGCAUUAAAAGACGGCUAGGACUUCUUAAUGGAGUCACUAUGAUUAUAGGUGCCAUAGUGGGCACCGGUAUUUUUGUGUCGCCGAAGGGUGUUCUGAAGGAAGUUGGAUCGAUGGGCAUGGCAUUAGUGGUCUGGAGUGUCACCGGUAUAUUAUCAAUGAUGGGAGCUCUGUGUUACAUAGAAUUAGGCACCACUUUCCCGAAGUCGGGCUGUGAUUUCACGUACAUGCAGAUGUGCUUUGGAGAACUUCCGGCCUUUCUUUUUCUUUGGGUCUUCAUGCUGAUUAUUGCACCCGUCGGUAAUGCUAUAGCUGCGCUGACGUUUGCAAAUUAUGUGCUGGAGCCAUUUUUCCCCUGUAGUGCUAUUCCGCAGGACGUCGUCAGAGUCAUAGCGGCCUUGGUUCUGUGCUUGUUAACCUACAUUAAUUGCCGCAAUGUGGGUUGGGCAACUCGUGUUCAAGAUGUUUUCACGUUCGCUAAGGUCCUUGCUUUGAUAGUUAUCAUAUUAGCUGGCGCAUAUCAUAUGUUCAUGGGACGGAGCCAAAACUUCGAUAAUGCUUUUCAAGGAACUACAACAGAACCUGGCUACAUAGCUCUGUCCUUUUAUUCCGGCCUCUUCUCUUACGCAGGAUGGAACUUUCUGAAUUUUGUCACAGAAGAAUUGAAAGAUCCUUUCAGGAAUCUACCCCGAGCCAUUUACAUUUCUUUGCCAAUGGUCACAAUUAUUUAUGUUCUUGCCAAUGUUGCAUAUUUUGCCGUGCUUAGCCCAGAUGAGAUAUUAGCUUCCAAUGCAGUCGCUGUGACGUUUGGUGAGCGUGUUCUUGGAGUGAUGUCUUGGGUGAUGCCAUUUUCUGUUGCCUUAUCCACAUUCGGUGGUUUGAAUGGAAAUAUUUUCGCUUCUGCGAGGUUAUUUUUUGUUGGAGCUCGUGAAGGUCACCUUCCUAAUUUCUUGUCAAUGAUCAAUCUAAAUUACCUCACGCCAGCGCCAAGUCUGGUAUUUUUGUGUAUACUCAGUUUGGCAUAUUUGUCUACAACAGAAGUGUACGUCCUCAUAAAUUACACUGCCUUCGUAGAAGCCUUGUUUGUGACCUUAUCUGUAGCCGGAAUGGUUUGGCUGCGGUAUACGAAACCGGACCUUGAAAGACCAAUAAAAGUAAAUAUCUUUCUACCGAUAACAUUCCUUGUCGUUUGUGCUUUUUUGGUCACAUUCCCAUUCUAUGUGAGUCCUUGGGAAACGGGAAUGGGUAUUGCCAUCACUCUGACGGGUAUUCCAGUGUAUCUGGUGACCAUUUACUGGCAAGACAAACCUCGCUUCUACAAAACAGCGAUAGGUAAAGUGACAGAAAUAGUUCAGAAACUUUUGUUGAGCGUGCCAGAAGAAAAAUAUGACUAAGAAGUUUGAAAACAAACGAGGAUCAUCUAGUCAGAAAACAAAAGCUUCAGGGUUAAGUGAACUAUACCUUAACUUGUGUGACUAGAAACUUUCAAGAAUGAAACUGGGGUAGUGAAGCAAAAAUACUUCGAAUCAACAUUUAUGCAUCUGGCGUCUAAAAGUGUUUGGUUGAAACGCAGUCUGUGCGAAAAGUUGUGCAGCUGAAAGUGAUUAUUUAUGGAUAAGAUAAAAUAACUCUCGUACGACUCUUGUUUUUAUACUCUAUCUUCCCUUGAAGACAGAUUCAUCAUUGCUCAUGAAUUGUAUAGUUAAAAAAUCGAAAAUAUUUUGUAUACUAUUGUAUAUUGUCUUAUCUUUUGUACUUCCAUACAAAAUAUCAAUCUGUAUAUACUGCAGUUUGCUCUGUGCAUGGAGAUCAUCGAUUUAUAUUUGAAUCCAAGUCCCUUGAGCUAACUUGCAACUUAAGCGAAUUAUUUAAACGAUCAAAAAAGAAUUAUUACAGUGACUAUUUACUAUUUAGGUAUUUACAGAAAAGGGCGUUGUUUCAGUCAAUGACACGAAUUAUUUUUGAAUUUUAUAUGAAAUAUAUAUUACGAAUUUUCGAGUUCAAACUUAUAGUAGAUAGAUGUUUUGAUCAUUUAUUUUCUAUAUUUUUGUUAUAAAAUGACUAAUAAAUUUUGAGCAAACUUA